AUGAAGAGCGUGAAUUUUCACAAAGGGGCAGGAACCCAGGACACGGAUACGGAGGACGACGAUCAGCUGCAGCCACAGUCACACUCGCACUCAGGCGUCACGCUGUACGAUACACCCGUGUCGCCCGUACAUGCCACUUUCCCAUCCAGCCCUUACAUGAGCCUGCACAGUGAUCUGGAUAAGCCUGGGUUUGAUUCCAGUACUACAAAUCUCACCCACGCCCACUCCCACGGCGAGAAAUCCCCUUUCGAACUGAGUGACGUGCCACUCGGAGAUAGCAAUGAUGGCAAUUUCCAUCCACCCAGACCAGCUUACAAGAAGCACGCCAACAGAUCUUUUGACGCUCUUCGCAACGGCGAAUGGUCCAAGUACAACGCCUCCGAAUCGAAGCACAACCGCUUUCAAUUCGCUGAGGGCGAUAUACCUAAAUCCAAGGUAGUACGAUUAUACUUCUUUUUGAUCAACACCUCCAUUAUCACUCGCUGGGCAAUUUUCGUCAUCCCCAUCGCUGGGCUUCUUGCCAUCCCACUCAUCAUAUCAGUCACAGCUGCACCCGACGCUGAGAUUUUGCGCGUGCGCCUGCUGUGGUGGUCUAUUUGGCUCGAAACCAUCUGGGUCGGCUGGUGGGCUAGCUGGGCUACCUCCAAGAUUAUCCCGUGGUUCGCUAGACACACUAUAGCCGUGAUUCUACCUAAUGGCAAACACAUGAUCGACUAUUUCGUCAGAUGCGAAAAGUAUCUUGCUGCCGUUGGCUGGACUGUGGCUGUGUGGGCUGUCUUCAACUUCUUAGUGCUCGUCAAGUUCUCCAGAGACCACUCUGACCCUUCGUAUAGCACGUUAUCUGUCAUUGCACAGGUGCAUGCUGGCAUUAUCAUCUGUGCAGCUAUUCUCGCUGGCGAGAAAAUUGUUAUUCAGUUGAUUGCUUACAACUUCCACCGUACCUCGUACGAUGACCGCAUCCGCGAACAGAAGUUCCAGGUCAAGGUGCUCGCUGCUCUCUAUGCGCGGAGCAGGGAUCUGGGGCGCAAAGACACUCUCGACGGCUUUGGCAAGAGAGGUAAGGAGAAAGGAGGUGUCAAGGCGGGCAGGGUGUUUAGGAAAGCUGCACGUGAAGCGAAAGAAGCUGCUGCAAAUGCUACUAGUGCACUCGGUAAUGUCGCUUCGGAGAUCGCUGGUAGCUCUGUCUUGCAGCCCAACUCACCCAUAUCCAUGGUCACUAAUGCACUUGCGUCGGGAAAGAAGACGCGUCAUCUUGCUCGCAGAAUCUUUUACUCCUUUUCCCCCCCUUAUCGCACCAGUCUCGUCUUGAGCGACAUUGCUCACUUCUUCCCCGACCCCAUCACCGCCGAAGAGGCAUUUGUGGUGUUUGACAAGGAGUGCAAUGGCGAUGUGACUCUUGAAGAGAUUGAAAUGGCUUGUUUGGAAAUUCACCGGGAGCGACUAGCUCUGACGUCGAGCAUGCGCGAUCUAGACAGUGCAGUAGCAGCCCUCAACAAGAUCCUUAUGUCCGUGUACGUUGUUGCAGCGUGUCUAGUGAUCGUUGCGAUGCUCGAUGUGAAAUUCUCUACACUCGUCACGUCUGCUGGCUCACUCGUGCUUGGGAUGUCGUGGCUAAUCGGGACCACUGCCCAGGAGAUACUAGCUUCUAUCAUCUUCCUUUUCGUCAAACACCCCUACGAUGUCGGCGAUCGCGUAAAGAUUGACGGUAACGAUAUGACAGUUAAGGAAAUGAACCUCCUUUACUCCAUCUUUAGAGGCAUCGACGGAACCAUAACUCAGGCACCACAUGCCGUGCUCAACCUCAAAUAUAUUCAUAAUUACAGAAGAAGCGGCUCAACUUCGGAAGAAUUUAUAUUCAACGUUUUUUAUGAUACCUCCUUCGACCAGAUCGAGGAUCUCAGAUCACGCAUGCUCCACUUCCUCAAAACGGAGAGGCGGGAUUUCAUACAGGAGUGUGAUAUCAAUAUACUCGAUUUACCCGACCAGGAGAAGAUGACACUCAGCACGUCGAUCAACUAUAAGUCCAAUUGGCAGAACAUCGCACUCUACACGCAGCGGCGGGUGAAAUGGAUGGUUGCGAUGAAGAUAGCCCUGGCCGAGUCUAAGAUAUAUGGACCAGCGGGCGAUCCACUGGCGCCUGAACCAAGUCUGUAUAUGAAGGUGCCUUACGAGCCUCCAGCUAAAACGGGUGAUGAUGUUGAGGCGCCGCUACCGGACGACGAACGCACGACCGAUCUACGCAGAGCUGCGUCUAUGGCCUUGAACGGUGGCCGUAGAGCGCUCAUACAUAGAAUGGAUAAAGAGGAGGAGGCACUUUAUCAGAGCGGACUCGAGACUGAGCCGCGAGAGAACAUGGUUGAUACUUUCACAAUGCAGUUGCCUGGAGGGGCGCAGCAUAGCCAGCAUGCACAAGAUGCACAACACGAAGGUCGACCAACAACACCACACUCAACAACGCAAUCUUUCAACGCUACACCAUCUCAAGUCGAAGCGGGUAGAGUUAGAAUACAAUCUCCGGAACAGAUACCAGGACCGCCGAGAGGGGACAGUGACUAUGAAAUGCGUAGGAUUGACUGA